CGUACCCUCCGAGUUACCUCGUUGAUUGUCACCGGCCUGAGCGCGCUAAUCCCCAUCGCGCAUCUGUAUGCGCUGCGCGGGUCUGCGUAUCUCGUUGCUGUCGGGGUGGGUUGGUAUAUCCUUGAAGGGGUGGUGAUGAUUGUUGGGGCGGUGGUUUAUUUGAAAGAAAUUCCCGAGAGCUGGUACCCCGACAAUAAAGUGUUCGCGCUGUGGUCGUCGCAUGCCUUUUGGCAUGUGCUCGUUGUCUUGGGCAUGGUGGCGCAUUCGAUGGGGUUGGUCUGUGCUAUGAGGGUUGUGAGGGAGUAG